AUAAUAGUAAAAUGAUGGGUGAGGGGACUCCGGGAAGAAUGGACCCUGUUAUUGUUGUUGCAGAGUGGUAACCGAGAAACGUUCCUUCUCUGUUCUCCUUCUUUAAUGUGAUUUCUUCCCUCUCAUUCAAGUGUAGAUUUCUGACAGACUCUCACUUCUGUAAACGAAGUGAAAAUGGAAACCACCUCAGUUUCCAAGUUGUUCUUGUUCUUCUUGGUUCUGUCUCUGGGUUUGCAAUGGAUCGAGUGCAGUGUGACUUACGAUAGGAAAGCUAUUAUCAUUAAUGGGCAGAGGAGAAUCCUCUUCUCCGGAUCCAUACAUUACCCCAGAAGCACCCCUGAAAUGUGGGGAGAUCUUAUACAGAAGGCUAAAGAGGGCGGGUUGGAUGUUAUACAGACAUACGUUUUCUGGAAUGUGCACGAACCGUCUCCCGGCAAUUACAACUUCGAAGGGAGAUACGAUCUGGUUCGGUUCAUAAAGACAGUGCAGAAGGCAGGGCUAUAUGUUCAUCUCCGAAUUGGGCCUUAUAUUUGUGGAGAAUGGAAUUUUGGAGGAUUUCCUGUUUGGUUGAAGUAUGUUCCAGGCAUCAGUUUCAGAACAGAUAACGAGCCUUUUAAGAUGGCAAUGCAAGGUUUUACCCAGAAGAUUGUACAGAUGAUGAAAAGCGAAAGGCUGUUUGAGUCCCAGGGUGGCCCAAUCAUUCUUUCUCAGAUUGAGAAUGAGUACGGGCCAGAAAGUAAAGCAUUUGGGUCUGCUGGUUAUUCUUACAUGACCUGGGCUGCAAAUAUGGCCGUCAAGUUGGGUACUGGGGUUCCAUGGGUCAUGUGCAAACAAGAUGAUGCCCCAGAUCCGGUUAUAAAUGCAUGUAAUGGUUUUUACUGUGAUGCCUUUUCUCCCAACAAACCUUACAAGCCCGCAAUGUGGACUGAGGCUUGGAGUGGCUGGUUUACAGAAUUUGGUGGCACAGUUCACCAAAGGCCAGUUCAGGACUUGGCACUUGCAGUUGCUCGCUUCAUACAAAAGGGAGGCUCCUUUGUUAAUUACUAUAUGUACCAUGGAGGAACCAACUUUGGACGCACUGCUGGAGGCCCUUUCAUCACUACCAGCUAUGACUAUGAUGCUCCAAUUGAUGAAUACGGUUUGAUAAGGCAACCAAAAUAUGGACAUCUGAAGGAGCUCCAUAGAACUAUUAAGCUAUGUGAGCGAGCUAUAGUUUCAGCUGACCCUACUGUUAUCUCUUUAGGAAGCUAUCAACAGGCUCAUGUGUUCUCUUCUAGGUCAGGAGGAUGUGCAGCUUUUCUUGCAAACUACAACCCAAAUUCUGCUGCAAGGGUAAUGUUCAAUAACAUGCACUAUAACCUGCCACCAUGGUCCAUCAGUAUCCUUCCAGACUGCAGAAAUGUGGUCUUCAACACUGCAAAAAUUGGAGUUCAGACAUCACAGAUGCAAAUGCUACCCAGCAACUCUAAAUUGCUCGCUUGGGAGACAUAUGAUGAAGAUAUUUCUUCACUGGAUGACAAUUCAAUGAUUACCACAGUUGGUCUCUUGGAGCAGAUAAAUGUCACCCGUGAUAACAGUGACUAUCUGUGGUACAUUACUAGUGUUGAAAUUAGUUCGUCAGAAUCAUUUUUGCGUGGAGGCCAAAAUCCAACUCUCAUAGUGCAGUCAGCUGGCCAUGCUUUACAUGUCUAUGUUAAUGGACAACUUUCAGGAUCUGCUUCUGGGACAAGGGAGAAAAGAAGAUUUACAUUUAUAGGGAAGGUCAACCUGCGUGCUGGAAUCAAUAGAAUUGCACUUCUCAGUAUAGCUGUUGGAUUGCCGAAUAUUGGAACACAUUAUGAAAUGUGGAGCACAGGAGUCCUAGGUCCUGUUGUGCUACAUGGUCUUGACGAGGGAAAAAGGGACUUGACUUGGCAGAAAUGGUCUUAUCAGGUUGGCCUGAAAGGAGAAGCCAUGGAUCUUGUGUCUCCAAAUAGAAUUUCUAAUGUUGAUUGGAUACGAGGAUCAUUAGCUGUACAGAAACAGCAGCCAUUGACAUGGUACAAGGCUUACUUCAAUGCACCUGAAGGAGAUGAGCCAUUGGCCUUAGACAUGGGUAGUAUGGGGAAGGGUCAAGUAUGGAUCAAUGGUCAAAGCAUUGGAAGAUAUUGGACCAUCCAUGCGAGUGGUGACUGCAAUGGGUGUAGUUACACUGGAACAUUCAGGCCUCCCAAGUGUCAAACUGGUUGUGGCCAACCAACUCAACGAUGGUAUCAUGUGCCUAGAUCUUGGUUGAAGCCCACCCAAAAUUUGUUGGUAGUUUUUGAGGAGAUAGGUGGAGAUGCAUCACGAAUUUCUCUUGUUAAAAGAUCGGUAACCACUAUUUGUGCUGAUGUCUCUGAGUGGCAUCCAAACAUCAAGAGUUGGCAAAUUGAAAGCUAUGACAGAACUGAAGAGUUCCACAGGCCCAAGGUUCACCUGCAUUGUGCUCCGGGUCAGUCCAUCUCUGCCAUAAAAUUUGCAAGCUUUGGAACCCCUCUGGGAACUUGUGGAAGUUUUCAGCGGGGAACUUGUCAUGCUCCAACCUCAUAUUCCAUUUUAGAUAAGAUGUGCAUAGGGCAGGAGAGAUGUGCAGUAACCAUAUCCAACAGCAAUUUUGGAGCAGAUCCUUGCCCGAAUGUUUUGAAACGAUUAUCAGUAGAGGCUGUUUGUAGCCCUACAGCUACUACAACUGCUCAACCCAAUUCAAGGGGUUGACAGGGCAGAGAAAGGGGGAACAAAAAUUUUCUCUCAUAAGGCGUUCAUAUGGAUUGAUUUUCUGUUCAUAGUACCAAAGGCAGAAGCAAGGAUGAAGAAAGAAACAAAAAAGAGUACCUGGAAGAACUUUUUAGUUAGAUUUGAGGGCCGCCACAUUCUCGGUUAUCAAUUAUGUAGAGAAGUUAGGGUCUCUAAUGCUAGGUGUUUUUUUUUUCUUCUCUUUAUAAAUUAACAUCUGUAAAAUAGGAGUUGUAGGACUGUAAGGUGACAAGCACAAGAGCUCAGCAUGAUGGGCCCUAUGAUGAAUGCCCAGUCCAGUCCCCGGACUUUUAGCCGGAAGUUGGACUAGGAAAUGAAGAAAAAAAAUGAUUUCCUUCAAUGAUGGUGAGUCAUUUGAUUGUAUUGAUGGUGAUGAAUAAUUGGUCACAAGACUAGUAGUGAUGGUUGAAGUGAAUUUUGUGGUAAAAAGAAGUGGGGAGUCAUGUUCUCUCUCAUUAAAUUCAAGAUUGUGUUUGCCAUUUUGCCUUC